UUUUUUUUUUCUUUUUUCACUUCGAAUAUAUCUGUACUUUUAUUGAUUCCUCCUCCUCCUUUUUCCAUUUUCUUUUUACACGUAGUUUAUUAAACUUUAGUUAUACCUUUAUUUUAUUUAUAAUGUUGACGGCGACUCCUCAACGACCAUCGGCCACAGCGACAACCAGUAGUAGUACUCAGACUUCAUCUGAAAAAGAUGAAAUUUGGUCUACUAUUUUAAAAGGUGUAGCUUCUUCCAAGAUGGUUCCCACUAAGAAUAUUUUAUUACUUGGUGACUCCGGUUGCGGAAAAUCAACCCUUAUUCAUUACCUCAAAAACGAUCCUGGACCUCAACCUGUUAUGCCCGAAACAGAUAAUUUGCCACCUUCUUCAUUUAACGUUUCAGCUUCUAACAACUAUACCCCUAUGCCUAUUGAAAAUCUCGAUGAUGACAUGUCCAAUAAUCUUGCUCUUGGUUAUACUUUUGUUGAUAUUCAAGAUGAAGAAAAUGAAGUGAUUGCACGACUUGGGUUGUAUCAAUUAGGAUUAUCAGCACCUGAAUAUCUUCCUUUACUCAAAUUUGCUCUAUCAGCAAAUACUUUGGCAGAUUCUAUGGUGGUACUUGUAUUGGAUUGGACACGACCUUGGAAAUUUUUAGAAUCAUUACAACGUUGGAUGAAUGUAUUGGAACAUACAAUGAAUGAAAUACGAAAAGAAGGUGGUAAUCCGGAUUCUUCCUGGACUCGAGGAAAGGCUGUAUUGGAUGAACUUCGAGAAAAAGUCGAGCUUUAUCUCAAGACUUACACAGAACCUGUACCAAAUAGUAAUGGAUUCAAUUUGACGGCUUCAACUUCGACAAGUUCUGUACCAUCCACUCCUACCAAUAACUUUGUUUCCACAUCUCUAGUCACCACCACUACUGUUGCCGAUCAAGUCACUUUACCUCUCCCUACUGGAUGCCUUACUUCAAAUUAUGGUAUACCUAUCACUGUUGUAUGCUGCAAAAGUGAUCAUUUUACAAAAUUGGAACAAACUCAUGAUUACAAGGACGAUCAAUUUGAUUUUAUUCAACAAACUCUUCGCUGUGUAUGCAUGAAAUAUGGGGCUGCACUCUUUUAUACUUCCACAUUGAAACCUUAUACAUUUCAUAAUUUACGACAAUAUAUUCUUCACCGUGUACUUACUACAUCCAGCAAAACGUACCCUUAUUUGAUGAAAGCACAAGUUGUAGAACGUGAUAGUGUUGCAGUACCUUCGGGAUGGGAUUCUUGGGGAAAGAUUAGAGUGUUACGUGAUGGAUUUGAUUGUGAAGCAGUCAAUCAAGGAUGGGAUGCUGAUAUGGAAUCUAUUUUGGAUCGACAACCACAUAGUGCUCAUGGUGCAAGGGGGAUUUAUGAAGAAGUCAUUAUUAGUCCAGAUACAGAAGAACAGCCUUUAAAUAUUCCACCAGCUGUGACCUGUGAAGAUGAACAAGUGUUUUUGGAACGUCAUUUUGAAACAUUGCAACGGGCUUCCGAUGGACCUAGUCGACAAGGAACAGGUGCCUCAGCUACAGCUAGACCAAGUGUAGUGGGUCCUUUGGGUGUAUCAUCAGCUACUAUUGAUUUGAUGCAGGUUGGAUCAGACAAGGAGAAUGAUAUUACAAGUCGAUCAAGUAGAUCAAAGGAUGAUAAGUUAUUAAACAUGGGUCCAAGUCCUAUACAAACAACACCAUCUGUAGUUGGAUUAACAUCUGGUACAACAAGUCCAUUGGGUGCUGGAGGUGCGGGUGGUGCUGGUGGUGCUUCUAAUGAAGUAUUGGCCAACUUUUUCCAGUCUUUACUCUCCAAAAAAGCAGCAUCUGGUGGUUCACCUACAAGUGCCUCUCCUACUUCUAGUUUAUUGAAUGGUACUCUCACUUCAAAUGGUGGUGGAACUGGUGGUUCAAUUGGUCUAGGUGGCGGGCGUGAUGAAACUGGUUCUGGAAGAAGAUCGACAUUGAAUAGAAAAGAAGUACAUAAGGAAUUGAAUCGUAUGCGUCAAAGUGUCAACAAACCAUAGUUAGUUUUCCUCUCUCUUUUAUUCAUUUUUACCUUUUUUUUUUUUUUUUGGAGAAUCCUGCGUACAUUAUUCCUCAUUCUCUC